AUGUCACUCAUCGUGAGUGAGAUCACGGCCCUGGCUGGUGCUGUCCUCACUAGCACUUACAUCGCCUGGUCGGUGCUUGAACGCAUCUUUCUCGUUGUCACGGAUCAGCACCUCACACCAUUCUCCUCCUACGCGUCCCUUGGAGCCGCCAUUGUCGUGAUUCCAAUUUUCGCACUUUUCCGCAGGAGGCACCACUACAUUCGUGGGACGCGCGUCAAUGGAUGCAAGCUGGCCGCGGUAUAUCCUCACCGGGACCCAAUCCUAGGCCUGGACAUGCUGAGCAUUUCCGUCAAAGCGCUCAAGGAGUAUAGGCUCCUGCAGUUGUGGGAUGACCUUCUCAAGACUUAUAACGGAACAUAUUGGUUCAGCUCUAUGGGUAAAUGGAUGCUUAUUACCUCGGAGCCAGAGAACCUAAAGACGUUGCUAUCGACACGGUUCGAGGACUGGCCGAUGAAAUCGCUGCGACAGCAAGUGAGCAUAUUGACUCUUGGCCCUCACGCCAUCUUCGCUGUCAACGGACCCGAAUGGCAGCAUGCACGUGCCAUGAUUCGCCCGAGCUUCGUGCGAAAUCAGAUCGCCGAUCUGGAGUGUACAGAUAGACAUGUUGAGAACUUUUUGGCGAGACUUCCUCGAGAUGGAUCCAAGUUUGAUAUCGACAAGCUGCUGUAUCAUUUCACCAUGGAUGUAGCAACUGAUUUCAUGUUCGGACACUCAACCUCUAUUUUGACGUCUCCAACGAAGGAAUCUCUCGAGUUCAUGGCAGCUUUUGACUACAUCCUCACUACUUCGACGAACCGCGCCCGUCUAGGAUGGUUGGUGUUGUUGCGACCAGAUAAGAAAUUUGAUGAAUACGUCACGAUUACCCAGCGUUUUGUCGACCAACACGUAUCUCAGGCGCUCGCUCAGGAGAAGAUGGAGAGACCCUACAUCUUCAUGAACGAAAUCAUCAAAUCUGGAGCUUCUCACCGUGAGGUGCGAGAUCAACUAUUUUCGCUGAUUCUUGGUGGCCGUGACACAAGCGCCAGUACAAUGUCUUCGCUCUUUUGGGUCCUGUCACGACGGCCGGAUGUGUUCAAGAAGCUGAGGAACGAAAUUGCCGAGCUGGAUGGUCGCAAGCCCACUUGGGAAGAGCUAAAGAACCUCAAAUAUCUGAACAUGGUUCUGAAAGAAACUUUACGGUUGUAUUCUGCUGUAGCAAGUAACAUGCGCACUGCUGAAAGGGACACAGUCCUGCCUAAAGGCGGUGGUCCUGAUGGCCAGAGCCCUCUCUUUGUCCCUAAAGGCACCGAUUGUCGGUUCACAACCCACAGCUUGCAUCGCAGAAAAGACUAUUGGGGUCCUGAUGCUGACGAAUUUCGGCCCGAGAGAUGGGAAACGCACCGGCCGGGGUGGGAAUAUAUCCCGUUCAGCGGCGGCCCACGAAUCUGUAUCGGCCAGCAGUUUGCUCUGACCCAGAUGCUGUUCUUGAUCACGAGAGUGCUCCAGACAUUUGGCGACAUCCAGCCGGGAGACGAUAAGCCAAUGCAGCAUGAAAUAGGCUCAACUAUAUCAAUGGUUAAUGGAUGUUGGAUUCAGUUGACUCCUGCAGAUGCUCCAGAAUUGGCGAUAAGCUCUGGCGGGCUUUCAGAAAGCUCGAACCUCCCUGCUGAGCUCUCCCAACGCACCAAAGAUCCGCCAUUUCAGCAUCAGCAAUGGCGUCGCGAUCUCCAUCCCGAACCCGCCGCAGGGCGUCAUCGCGCACGCCUCCACGGUCCAACUCCAACGACUCGCGCUCGCCGCCUCCAAGCCAUCGCCGCCGGCGCCACGAUUCGCGGUCUCCGUCGCGUUCUCGAUCCAGGUCGCGAUCAGCCACUCCGCCUCGUCGCAAUGGACGAAACAGGAGCGGCAGUCGAGACAGGAGUCGCGAGCGUGGCAGAGACAGCCGCUCGCCCAGCGAAAGCGCUCCUAGAAGAGCCACCAAGAUUGUGGUGGAGAGAUUGUCAAAGAACGUCAAUGAAGAGCAUCUCUACGAAAUCUUUGGUCAGUUUGGCCACAUCAAGGACCUUGACCUGCCGAUGAACAGAACCUUUGGAACGAACCGGGGCACCGCGUACAUCCUGUAUGAACACCAAGCCGACGCCGAAGUGGCCAUUUCAUACAUGCACGAAGCCCAAAUCGACGGCGCCGUCAUCAAUGUUUCUAUCGUAUUGCCGCGCAGGAAGUCACCUGGUCCUCCCCUCGCCCGUCGGGGUGCCAACAUUGACCCCCGAGUCCCCUUCCAAAGCUCUCGUGGGGGUGGUCCGCCUUCUGGCCCUCAAGGCGGCGGUGGAGGUGGUGGGCGUCGUCGCUUCUCGCCCUCAAGCAGAUACGGUCCUCGAUCCGAUGUCUACCGACCCAACUCCUUGUCGCCAGCUCGAUCUCCAGGCGGUGCUCCCUCUGCUCGAGGAGGUGGCGGCGGCGGUGGCGGCAAUCGAUACCGCAGCCGAUCCAACGGCUCAUACUCGUCCCGAUCGAGAUCCAGGUCGCCAGCGCCCAGACGACGCGGCGGUGGAGGAGGGAAUGGAGCCGGUCGAUAUGACGAUCGUGAUACACGACGCCGCAGUCGCACUCGCAGCCGCAGCUUCGAUAGUGACCGGAGCACUUCGCGGAACAGAGGUCGCAAUUAUAGAUGAUGAGGGAGAGAUUCUUUUCCUUCCCCCUGUGGUGUAAGGGCUUAGGCUUGGGAAUAAUUUGAUUUGCUUUAAAGCAGUGGCGUUGGGAGCUCGGAAAGGCUAGGGGAAGUCUCAGCAAUGGACAACAACUUUGGGGAACGGCGAGUUCUGUUUGUAGUGCUUGUAUAGUUACAGAUAUCAUGAUGGCCGAUGAGCCUUGUUAAUGGAUUGAGAAUGUGGGCAGUUGCCUCGGAAUAGACGAGGUAUCGC